CCUCGCAUAUUGGAACAUUCUUGACUUGACAGAAGAUUCCUUAAUAAAAUCUUUUUUUUCAACAGACGACUGGAAAGAAAUAACGGAAAGCUUUGAAAAUGAUGUGAAAUUAGUUGAAUCGGAUAUACCGGAUGUUGCCAUAUAUUUUUUUAAUGAAGUAGAAAGGGUAACCAAAAAUGAGGAUGUGAAUAUUAUUGAUGCAAUCGAUAAAUUGACUCCAGAAAUAAUAGAAAAUAAUCAAAACGUCAAGCUCACAAACGAGGAUAAGGUGAUCGUUGCUACUAUCAGACGCGCUGUCGUUACAUAUGCAGAAAACUUGAAAGGACUCGAACUUCCCAUUUCGGAGUCUGACUUUGAUAAUGAUUUCCCAAAUAUGUUAACAAAGAGAUUCUUAGACAAACAAGAUCUCAAGAUGGACGU